AUGUCAAAGUCAGCACAAAAGAAGAAAGAACAACGUGAGAAAAUCAGAGAGCAAUUCUUGAGGGACCUCUUUACAGAAGACAACUUGGAACACGGAUUUAGCAUCUUUGAGGAAGAGGAACCUAAAACAAAAAGGUAUAAGUCAGAGGCCAAAAUCCAGAUGGGUGGUCAUAAGGCGAUCAAUGUGGUGGAACCGAAAAAGCACAGUUCGGAGGUUAAAAUCCAGAUGAGCAAACCCAAGGUAACCAAGGUGGGACCAAAAAGAUUCAGAUCUGAGGUUAAGAUCCAGCUAAAGAAACCUAAACCAGCCAGACCUAUAAGGAAAGCACCGGAUAUACCCAAAGGUGCAAGUCCAUGGAAACCAACACCGAAACCAAGAAUUGCCCCACCUAAAGUCAGACCCAAUACCGUUACCAAGGAAGAAACUUCAGAAUGUAAAACCAACUCCACCACCAGUGAUCCGUAAGCCCGUAAAGCAGUCAAAGGAAGUCGAAGAUCAAGCCCAAGUGAUCACUCCUGAGGAACACGAAAUUGAUCCAUUCGGAUCUGACCUUCAAAAGCCGGUCAUAGACUACAGCCGAGACUACAGCCAAUGGUGCAGCUUAACGUACAUGAUAACUCCACAGUACUUGGAUCCCCUGGAGCAGAUGACAGCAAGUAGACAGGUAGUGAGAAGUAUACUUGAUAACGAGUUGAAGAGAAUGGGUGGUUUGAAGUACACAGAGACAUUGAAGGUGAGAAUGUCGAAGGAAGUCGGUGACGGGAAAACCAAGAAGGACUCGGUCUACUUCAAGUCUAAGACGGGAACUGCAACGAACUUCGAAGAUAUUGAAAAUACAGCUGCCAACAACCAACUGACAAUUUUAUCAAGAAUUGAGACCUUCCAGAACUUAGGUUCAAACUGGAGGAUACUAAACAUUAAGAGUCACUAUGUUAACAUUGCAAUGUAA